AUGGUGGAAGUCCAACCCUUGAUGACCAACCUUGAAUCCCUUCCCACCUCGACCCGAUCUCUCGCAAUCCGAGCACUAGCAGCUGUGUACUUUGGCAAAACUAACUCUCAUAAACGCAUCUUUGACUUGGGCACGAGGGAGUAUGGAAAGGCGUUGAAGAAGGUGCAUGAAGAUCUGUCGAGUGACACUGCGGUUUUGGAAUGGGAGACGUUGGUCAGUGUGCUUUGUCUGUGUAUGUUUGAGAGUAUUGCUUUUACGGAUAAGAGUGGGUGGUUAAGACACUAUGAGGGGAUCUCUGAACUGGUUAAGCUGAGAGGGCCGUGGAGACAUCAGACAGCUUUGGACCGAGAGCUCCUACGACAGUGUCGCUUCGAGAUUAUUGUGUGUGCACUGAUAAAACGCCGUCACUGCUACCUUGCCCUCCAUGAGUGGCAGACCAUCCCUUGGCCCGAGAGUGUACCGAAGACAGCCAGCGAUACUAUUCACGACAUCUUUGCCUAUGUCCCAGGUCAACUACACGACAUGGAUCGUGUAGAAAGGGGAGAAGUGGACGGAGACUUCAAGGACGAUCUACGACAACGUGUGGAAAUAACGCUGUCGAACCUUGAAGAUUGGGGCCAGUUCUAUCACCACCCACGUCCUCUCUCUGGUUCAUUACCAAACAGCGAAGUGAUACACUCAGUCAGAGACAAAGCGCUACUCGCCCUACAAAGAGCUAUCAUUCUUUGCAUGGUCAACCUGUGUACGCUCCUCAAAGUCCCCCUCGUCGCAGAGAUACCGACGGCCUUCGAAGAUCAACAAGCAAUCCGGACAUGUAUUGCGAUCGAGAUAUGCCAACUGGCCAUAUCAUGUGUCGGUGAUGACUCCACGGGAACCGAGCCAUUACUGUUCAUAUUUCCUUUACAAAUUGCGAGUAUGAACUUGCAAGCGGGAAGUGCUGAAGAGAAGUUGGCUGAGCAAGUUAUGAAUGAUGUUAUUGCUGGACAACAUGGGUUCGAGAUUGGACGGAGAAGGGAGUUGAGGCCUUCAAUGAUAACUAAUGCGUAA